AUGUGGAAGAAGUUUCCUCCGACAGACUGGAGGUCUAUUGACCCCCUUGCCUUUAACUACUUCUCUACUCUACUUCAGAGUAGAGUAAAUGUGUUCCUGUAUGGUAUGAAUGGGAUUGGGAAGACCAAGUUUGCCAAGAAAUGUCUAGAUGUUAAUAAUAUAAAGUAUUGAUACGUAGACUGAUUUGAGUAUUAUAACGAAAAACUCAUGUGUUAUACCAUUUCUAACCAGCUAGGCCUGAUGGAUAACUACUUUAAGGACUCUAAGACCUUUGUAGCUCUUAAGGACAACCUUCUUACCUGGAAGGAGGAUGAGAUCAAGUUUAAAAUCAAAGAAAUUUCACCUGGUAACCGCAAGAAGCCGAUCUACAUUGUGCUAGAUAAUGUUGAGAGAAUCAUCGCUAUUGAAAGAAUUAAAAAGAACUUAGAGAAGAUCUUUAUCGUUGCAGAUAUGGUUUGCCCCCUUCUAAGUAUCCUGAUAAUCCAUGAUACUUACAUUGAAGAAAUUGAUGCAUUUAACAAGUCACUAUUUAAUGAGUAUAACUUUACCCCAUUCGUGCUGAAUCCAAUGGAAAAAGACUCUAUGAGGGAAGUCCUGAAGGAGAAGUACUUCACCAGAGAAAACAAUGAUGGAGAAAAAGAUAAGUUUGAUGACUUCUUCAGCCUUCUCUACCAGCAGCUUUCUAAACAGACUGUGAACCUUAAGAAGUGGCUGUUCAUGACAAAGCUCUUGUUCGAGCCAUAUUGUGAUUUUAGAAACAAGAGGAAUAAGAUGAACUUUAUGAGAUUCCAGAAAAUCCUUUCUCACAUCUGCACUCAUUUCUAUUCCAACAUUAUUGACAUUAAAUCCAUUGAGGAAGAAAUAGAGAGGAAGGCUGAAGAAGAGAGCCAGAAGAAGGCUGAGACUAAACAGAAGGAAGAGCUACCCAUUGACGAGAACUCAAAUCCUACCUUCAAGCCUCACAAAGUAACUUUCUUUGAUGAAAUCAGAAAUGGGAAUAAGACUAGUUAUACCUUUGUCGAAGCGAUGAUCUUGUUAUCUGGACUAAUUGCCGCCCAUAAUAAAGAAUCUAACGAUGAAAAUAAUUUUGGGCUGUCCAGAACUUCCAAAAAGAAGACGAAUAAGAGGAUAAAGACCGGUGAGCAGAUUAAUAAAAUCACUCACCUGGAGUUAGGCAAGACUAAGAAGUUCUCAAUGGAACGAAUGUUGACUAUCUUCCAAUAUUUCCUGUGCCAUUUCUGUGAUGCUUCAGAGGAAGCGAUGCUGUAUCACCACUCUAUUAAUGUAUACUCUAAGAUAAACACGUUUGUGAGUGAGAACCUAUUCAAGAGGUCCCAAGGAAGGAACGAGGACCCCUCUGCAGUCUCCUUGAAGAUCAACUAUGACAAGCACUUUGUAGAAGAAGUCCUAAAGCAAUUCCCGGACAUCAGGCUGGAAGACUUCUUAGAGGGCAGAUAAGCGUAAUUAUUCAAUAAAAGCUAUUUUAAGAGGG